AUGUCAUUCAGAUACAGUAUUGAUAGUAAAAUGACAACGAAAUCUAAUAAACUCACAAAUACUACAACAAAGCUACCUUUAAAUAUACCAAAAUUUUUUCUUAUUUAUUUUGCUGCCGAUAAUACUACAGUUAUUCUAUCCAAAGAAGACUUUAUUAAUUACAAAAGUGAAGGUUUAGUUGGAGAUACAGUUAAAGUCAAGUAUGGCAAUGAGAUAUUCAGUGGUAAAAUAUUAUUUGCUGCUGAUGAUAAAAAAUUAGUUGAAUCAUAUACAACAGUAUCAACAUUUGCAUCAAGAAAACGUCAGCGAGUGAGUGAAACACCACCAAAAUGUGUCGCACCAAUAAAUCCUUCUACAAAUGAUGAAAUUUCUUUUUAG